GCAGCGGGCGCUGGGGUAGCGGAUAACAAAUUUGAACACCAUCCAUCACUCACAGUCGCAAACUCUUAUCACUCGAGCUCCAGCUCUCCAACAAUGGCGACCUCCGCAGCGCCCAUAUCGCUCUCCUUUUUCACCUCCUCAAUCUUCCUCCCCUCCUCGUCCCACAAACCCUUCUCAGUCCUCGCACCCACCAAUUCUCUAAAAACCCCCAAACCCCUCACCGUCUCGGCUGAGCUCGCCACCCUCCCAGUCCUCUCCUUCACCGGAGAUAAGGUCGGCGAGACCUUCCUCGACCUCAAGUCCGCGCUACCGGAUACCGCUCGUGCCGUCGUCCACCGCGCCAUCAUCACUGAUCUCCAGAACAAGCGCCGCGGCACAGCAUCCACCCUCACCCGCGCGGAGGUCAGCGGAGGAGGAAGAAAACCCUACCCGCAGAAGAAGACGGGUCGUGCCCGCCAGGGUUCGACCCGUACCCCGCUCAGGCCCGGCGGAGGGGUCGUGUUCGGACCCAAGCCCAGGGACUGGAGCAUCAAGAUCAAUCGAAAGGAGAAACGGCUCGCGAUUUCGACGGCGGUAGCAAGCGCGGCGGAGAACACAAUCGUGGUGGAGGAUUUCAGUGACGAGUUUGAGAAACUUGAGAAGCCGAAGACGACGGAGUUUAUUGCGGCGAUGAGGAGGUGGGGUUUGGACCCGAAGGAGAAGACGACGUUUCUGGUGACGGAGGUGGCGAACAAUGUGAGGCUUUCGAGCAGAAAUAUUGGGACUUUGAAGAUGCUGACGCCUAGGACUUUGAAUUUGUUCGAUAUUUUGAAUGCCGAUAAGUUGAUCAUGACGCCGGAGACAGUGGAUUAUCUGAAUGCGAGGUAUGGAGUUGAUUACGACGGAGAGACGGAGGACGAAGACGGUGCAGAGCAGGAAGAAGAAGGAGGAGUUGAAGCUCAAGGGACAGCGGCAGAUGAGAGUUCUGAUGCGCCCGAGUGAGGCGACAGACGAACUGUUUUUGUAACCACUUUGCAUCCCCUAGAUUAACCUACGAGGAGGAUUCAUUUCAGUUCAUCCCUAACGGGGUGAUCAACCAUCCAUGCCUUGUCAGGAUUGCAACCAAGUCAUUUUUUGUAUUUGUUGUAAAAUUUGCAGAUGAAAUUCAAUACAAUGUAUCUAUUCAGUUC